AGCCUUGAGUUGAUAUCCGAUUAUUUUAUGAACAGUGGAAAAUGACGGGGCACUAACGUGACUGGCAACAACGAAGGGGGCGUGGCCUAAAUUCAGCCGGGACAGGAAGGGUUUUUUUACGCUUCAAAGUGCUGCUUUCGCGGCUCGGUUAUUCUGAUUUCCUCUCAAAGCCUGCAUGCUGGCGGUGAACAUUUGAUAUACAAAAAACAAAAAUAGAUAUGUUGGUACUAGUACACCAGCAGUGUUUAUAAUGAAUGGGUCCAUCACACGGACUUCCGAUUUUGUCCGGUUCAGAGUCUCUGGAGAGAGAGAUUUACCUCUGGAAUAAUGCCAGAGCAGGAUAUCUGGAUGCUGUUCAACCUUCGUUUUGUUUAGAGACAACGGGGAGCCAUGGUUCUACGGGCGUCUCCUUUCCCCAGUGGGUUCGUUGCUGGCCUCCACGCCAUAGGAUGGGCGUUAAUUGUGCCGUGCUUCUGGUAUCUUGAUCGCGUUAUUGCUGUGUGCAAGUCCACCACAAAGGAGAAGAGGGAGCGACAGGAGGAAGAAUGCUACCUCCACCCCCUCAAGGUCUUAUGCGGCUCUAUUUUCUUCUUCCUUUUCUUCCUCCUCACAGCCCCCUUUGCUUUCCUCGGAUUUUUGCUCUGGGCGCCGCUUCAGGCCUGCCGCCGGCCGUUUUCCUACCACAGAGUGGAACCGACCUCAGCAGAGAGGGAGACAAACAGAGGCUUUGAGCAAACGGGAAAGGCGUCCUUUACCUUCGCCUCAGCCAAUCUGUGUCUCUUACCAGACAGCCUGGCUCGCUUCAACAACCUGGGCCACACCCAGCGGAGGGCGUACGAGAUCGGCAAGCGUAUCGCGGAGAGCGUCGUGCGACCCAAUGUGAUAAUCACGGUGGAAUCUCCCAGCAGCUGCGGCCCUGUCAGCCCCUCGGACAGCAUCAUCCCCAGAGCGUGCUCAGACACAGACGGGGGCUUAGAGGGGCAGUCUCAACCCACAGGAGAACCAACCGAAAGUUCUGUGUCCUCUGAUGACGCAGAGGAGCCGCUGACCGAGCCAUCCUCUUCCCAACUGAACUAUAAUGAGAACUCCAACAAACAGGGGCAGCCUGGUCGCAAGAGUCCUGCUGCUUUGUUCUCCCAGCGUACUCGUCAGCAGGAUGAGGAACCCUGGGAGGUGUCGCCCUUCUUCCCGGCCAAUAUCGAUAUACUGUGUCUGGAAGAGGUGUUUGAUAAGAGAGCUGCUAUGAAGCUCACCAAUACACUUAAACCACUGUUUGGACACAUACUGCAUGACGUCGGCGUGUACGCCUGCCAGCCGCCGUGCAGAUGUUCUGCCUUUAAGUUCUUCAACAGUGGUCUGUUCAUGGCCAGUAGGUUCCCGGUGCUGGAGGCCCAGUACCACUGGUUUCCCAACAGCCGUGGGGAAGACGCUCUGGCUGCCAAGGGUCUGCUCGCCACUAAGGUUCUAAUCGGGCAGAACCAGAAACAGAAGAAAGUGGUUGGCUAUUUCAACUGCACGCAUCUUCAUGCACCGGAGGGUGAGGGGAAGAUUCGCUGUGACCAGCUGGACAUGGUCACCAGGUGGAUCGGGGAAUUCCAGGCCGCCCACAAACAGCCUGACGAGGAGGUGGUUUUUGAUGUGCUGUGCGGGGAUUUUAACUUUGACAACUGCUCACCUGAUGACGUUUUGGAACAGAACCACAGUUUGUUUGAGGAGUACAGAGAUCCGUGCAGAGCAGAAGCUGGAAAAGAGAAGCCCUGGGUUAUUGGUACUCUGCUAGAGCAGCCUUCUUUGUAUGAGGAGGAUGUGAACUCCCCAGAAACGCUACAAAGGACUUUGGUAUCAGAGGAGACGAGGAAGCAGUACAUCUCUCCUCCUGUUCCUAAACAGGGUGUUCCUCUGGUUUACCCAGAACCUGGCCAGCCUUGGAUUGGGCGUCGGAUUGAUUACAUUCUCUACCGGGAAACCUCUAUUUCAAAGCUCUGCAGAACAGAACUGGAAGAGGUGACCUUCAUAUCUCAGCUGGCUGGGCUUACUGAUCAUAUUCCUGUUGGCUUGAAAUUGAAAGUCAGUAUGAACGCUGACUACGAGGAUGAAUGAGAGCUAAUUUUAAAGAGCGGGAGCCAAAUGUACACAAUUUUACACAGUUUUACUUUAAACUGUUUAUUGACAUACUUGAAUUUGUAAUUUUAGGAAAACUUUUAACCACUGGGUAAGUUUGUGACACAGGUGGAACUUAGUUUUUUUUUAAAUAUUUUUUUAUGGUUUCACACUUCAUAUGCAUUUUAUACAUUCGGAGCUGCUCAGAGUUGUUGCAUUGAUCUUUAUAAAGCUAUGUUUUCAAUCAGCAGAAAAGAAAAUUCUUCUUAAAUAAAUUAAGAGUAAUUUCAUUUUUCUAUCCUGAUAUAAAUGUGUCCUCUACUAUGAUGUCAAACAUUUGACUAUUAAACUCACUGAUCACCGGUGCCAUUGAGUUCAUAAAGUUUGCAUGCAUGAUCACAAAUUUAUUGCAUCUCAUAAGCAAACUGCUGGUUUGGGUUUGUGUAUUUAUAGGCUGAUUUGGUUAAAUCACUCAGAAUAGAUUAGUAUGAUCAGAAUGAUUAGGAUGAUUACUAAGAGAUUAGAUUAUGUCAGAUUGGUUUAGAUUGUUUUUUUUUAUUUAAUAAAUGAUAUAAUUUAAAUAUG